AUGAGUUUCGAUUCGAAUCGUUCUGUGAAAUCUAAGGGAAGUUUCAAUUCGAAUCCUUCAAAUAGUAGCAAUAAUACUGCUACAAACAAUAGGAAGACGAAAAAGACUAACCAGAAAACCUUAGGUGUGGCUUGGGGCGCGAAUUCUCGAUCUUCAUCUCGUUCGUCUUUUCGCGAUUCACCCUUUUCCGAUUUCGGCAGUUACAUGACAGUGAAGAAUCGGAAAUUACACGAACAAUUUGAUGCCGAUGCUUCGACGUCUUCCCACAGCGGCUCAAGUGUAGUCAAACCUAUUUUUCAUGGGGUUUCCAUUUUUGUCGAUGGAUUUACUAUUCCUUCCAGUCAGGAGCUACGAGGUUACAUGUUGAAGUAUGGAGGGCGAUUUGAGAAUUAUUUUUCAAGGCAUAGUGUUACACACAUAAUUUGCAGCCAUCUUCCAGGCAGUAAAAUCAAGAAUCUACGGGCCUUUAGUGGUGGGCUCCCAGUUGUGAAACCGACAUGGGUGUUGGCUUGUGUCGAAGCUAAUAAACUUUUGAGCUCCUUUUUCGCUUUGAGAAGCAACCCAGUUUCCGAUGUUGCAGCAACCUGUGCUACUAGUCGACUAAAUUCUGAAACAGAGGAUCCAUUGUUGAAGGGUGGCACAAUGAAGGACGCUAAAUUGUCUAUGGAGGGUGAAUCCACAGAACACACAAGGCAACACUUUUCAGGACCUAAUGACCUUUUGCAUGAGAACUCUGGCGAAGAAUUAUUUGGAGAGCCAACUUGCAGAAAUGGAAGCGAUUGUGAGGUGAACAUGAAUGAACCAGGUGAUGUUGCUAAGGUCGAUCAGAGCAGUGUUGAAAUUCAACCUCAGUGUAGUCCCUGUAGAACUUCUGCUUCAGUUAGUAGCUACUGCUUAGACAAUCAACAUACUAAAGAAUUAUCAAGUUCGACAAUUGUCCAGCGUCAUUCAACUCUUGAGGACCCCAAUUUUGUGGAAAAUUAUUUCAAGUACUCUAGGCUGCAUUUCAUUGGUACUUGGAGAAAUCGGUAUCGUAAGCGUUUUCCCCAUUUUUCUAAGGAAUUCAAAUGCACAAGUCCCAAUAUUGGUGCUUCCUCUGUGUCUCAGAAGACUGCGAUUAUCCACGUGGACAUGGAUUGCUUUUUUGUCUCAGUGGUCAUCAGGAAUUUUCCUGAAUUACGGGAUAAGCCUGUAGCUGUUUGUCAUUCAGAUAAUCCACGUGGAACUGCUGAAAUCUCAUCUGCAAAUUACCCUGCUCGAGAUCAUGGAGUACGGGCUGGAAUAUUUGUUAGGGAUGCCAAAGCUCUUUGUCCUCAUCUUGUCAUUUUUCCUUAUGACUUUGAUGCUUAUGAGGAGGUGGCCGAUCAAUUUUAUAACAUCUUGCACAAACACUGCAACAAAGUGCAGGCUGUGAGCUGUGACGAGGCAUUUUUAGAUGUCGCAAUGGCAGAUGUAGAAGACCCUGUGAUUUUAGCUUCAAUUAUCAGGAAGGAGAUUUUUGAAAUUACAAAAUGCACUGCAAGUGCUGGAAUAGCAGGGAAUAUGCUUAUGGCACGCCUUGCCACGAGAAGUGCUAAACCGGAUGGUCAAUGCUACAUUCCUCUUGAGAAGGUGGAUGAUUAUUUGAAUGAACUUCCAAUCAAGGCACUUCCAGGAAUUGGUCAUGUUUUGGAGGAAAAAUUGAAAAGGAGGCAAGUUAAAACUUGCGGACAACUGCAAAUGAUUCCCAAGGAAUCUCUUCGAAAGGAUUUUGGUAUUAAAACUGGUGAUAUGCUUUGGAGUUAUAGUAGAGGGAUAGAUAAUCGGCUGGUUGGAGUUAUUCAGGAAAGCAAGUCCAUAGGUGCUGAUGUCAACUGGGGUGUGAGAUUCAACGAUUUGAAAGACAGUCAACAUUUUCUCAUGAACCUUUGCAACGAGGUCGCAUUGCGUUUACAGGGAAGUGGAGUACAAGGGCGCACUUUUACCCUGAAGAUAAAGAAGCGAAGAAAUGAUGCUGGGGAACCAAGGAAGUAUAUGGGCUGUGGGGACUGUGAGAACCUGAGCCAUUCUACAACGGUUCCAGUGGCUACUGAUGAAGUGGAAGUUCUCCAAAGGAUAACCAUACAGCUCUUUGGGUCUUUCCACAUAGAUGUCAAGGAUAUCCGGGGAAUGGGCUUACAGGUUUCCAAACUUGAAAGCACAGAUACUACCAAGCAAGCGCACGAAAGAAACACUAUCCGCUCUUGGCUCGUAUCUGCCUCAGCAAGCACCAGAGAACCAUGUAAAAUAGAUGACCCUGCCAAAGAGAGUGCCAAUAGAGAUUUUGAGAAACAGAGUAUUGAUGGAAACUUUGUUCAGUUGUGUAAUGAUUCAAGUGGGCCUUCGGUUAAUCUGUCCAAUGGCAAAGCUCGUGUAAACCAUGAUUCAACACUGCCACCUUUAUGUGAUCUAGAUAUGGGAGUUAUAGAGAAUCUCCCUCUGGAACUUUUUUCAGAGAUUAAUGAUAUGUAUGGUGGGAAGUUGUUUAGUUUCAUUUCAAAAAAUAAAGGCGAAAGUGUUGAUGUUGGUAAUCUGUCUACUACAGUAGUUGAAGGCAAUGUAGGGGUAAUGAGCAAGGGAAAGGGACCUCUUCUCUCUCAUCUGGCCCCUUCAAUUAAAAUCUUUACAGAUAAUGAGGGAAAGUGUAAUACAGGUAAAGAAAUUCAGGAAGUACCUCUUUCUGGUUUAGGGACCUCAAAUGUGGGUACCUCUACUUCAGUUCCUGCAGAAAUCGACCUAAUGCCCUCUUCUCUUAGUCAAGUAGAUAUCUCAGUGUUGCAACAAUUGCCUGAAGAAUUGAAAGUUGAUAUACUUGAGCAUCUGCCUGCUCAUAGGAGGCAAGAAUGUAUGCCAGAUGCUUCUUUGGGUCCUUUUAUGUCCAAUCCUCAGGAGUCAUCUGGGGUAAAUUGUACUGAGAAAAGGACCGGAACAAGUAAUUAUGUUUCAAGUAGUGAGCUUUGGGUUGGAAAGCCACCACGGUGGGUUGAAAAGUUCCAAGUCAGCAAUUGUUGGAUAUUGAAUAUUUUUGCGGAAAUCUAUUACAGAUCAGGGUCUACUGGUUAUUUAUCUUCUCUACUGCAGCAGAUAAUGUCCGAGACUCGACUUUCUCAGUGUACAAGUCUGGAUGGAUGGGAUGAUGCAAUUAGCUGCUUUUGCGAGCUCUUCAAGCAAUAUAUUAAACUAAAAAUAGAAGAAGAUAUUGAGGAGAUCUAUGUUUGUUUUCGUGUUCUAAGAAGGUUAACGUCGAAAUCAAAGUUUUUUUUACAAAUCUACAACUUUAUUCUUCCUGAUCUUCAGGCAUCUGUUGGUGAAACCUAUGGAGGAAACUUCCAUAUGUCAUACAUUGAAGGCUAG